AUGCGUGUUCUGACAUUUGUCACUUCAUUCUUCCUGCUUGUUUCUUGUGUUCUUGCACAUGGACGAGUCAAGACACCGCCAACCCGAACCAUCGGUAUUGCUAUGUUGGCUGCAUGUGGCGAAGGCCCUGUAAAAGCGCAACAAAUUGAUGCGGCGGGGCCGAUUGAAAGUGAAAUCGCUAGAAUCGGCUCGGACUUCAAUCCUACUAAAUGCAAUCUGUUCUUUUGCCGAGGGCAUCAGUUUGAGGACAACAAAGCUACUGUACAAAGCUACAAGCCUGGUCAGGUCGUCAAUAUUGACUUGGAUAUAAUCAACCAUCAUCCGUCUGGCUAUGCGAACGUCUCAGUUAUUGACUCGGCUACUAACAAGAGGAUCGGCCAACCUCUGAUUGCUUGGAAUCCUUACUUUGGCAGUGGCUAUCCUUACCCAAAAUCUGAAGAGAACUUCAAUGUAACGAUCCCAGAGCUAAACGGAAAGUGUAAAGUGGCCGGAGAAUGUGUUAUUCAAUAUCACUGGUACUCGAUCAACGCAUCUCAGACCUACCAGAACUGUAUUGAUUUUACUGUACUUUGA